AUGGCCGAUGAAGGCCUUCACUUACCCGAUUUUUCUGCAGAGCUCCCAGGUUUUCUUAAUCCGUGGGAUGCCAUAACUGAAAUGGAUGAACACAAUCGUCCAAUUCAUACUUACCAGGUAUGUAAUGUGAUGGAACCAAACCAAAACAACUGGCUUCGAACAAACUGGAUCUCCCGUGAUGCUGCACAGAAAAUUUAUGUGGAAAUGAAGUUUACACUGCGGGACUGCAACAGUAUUCCAUGGGUACUGGGAACCUGCAAGGAAACUUUCAAUCUCUACUACAUGGAGUCAGAUGAGUCUCAUGGAGUAAAAUUCAAGCCAAACCAGUACACCAAAAUUGAUACUAUUGCAGCUGAUGAGAGCUUUACCCAGAUGGACUUGGGUGACCGCAUUCUUAAACUCAACACAGAAGUUCGUGAGGUUGGGCCAAUAAACAAGAAAGGAUUUUAUCUUGCUUUUCAGGACAUUGGAGCAUGCAUUGCUUUGGUCUCAGUCCGUGUUUAUUACAAAAAGUGCCCUUUCACGGUCCGUAAUUUGGCUAUGUUUCCUGAUACUAUUCCAAGGGUUGAUUCUUCCUCUUUGGUGGAAGUACGGGGCUCCUGUGUGAAGAGCGCUGAGGAACGUGAUACUCCAAAAUUGUAUUGCGGAGCAGAUGGGGAUUGGCUUGUGCCUCUUGGACGAUGCAUCUGCAGUGUAGGAUAUGAAGAAGUGGAUGGCUCCUGCCAUGGUAAGAAAACAUUCCGCGGUGAAAAGCGGCAGCUCUUUCUCGUACUCCGCGUUACCUGCGGAGCCAGCCCAGGCCUCCACUGGAGCAGCCCCCACGGCCCCUCUCGCAGGAGCCGUUCUGCUGCUCGUGGUCUCCCACGUCUCGCCCCUUCCGAAGCUCCGUCUCCGCGGCACCAGCAGCCGGUCACUGCUCCCUGCGGUUCCUCACCAGCAGCUCGUGGAGAGUCUGCCUCAGACCUGAUCUCCAGACUGUCACCUGUCACCCGGACCUCACCUGGCAUGUGUCCGUCACGUUUAAGAGUUGUCAUAAUCCAAGUGGCAAUACAUAGGUUUUUGUGA